ACAUCAGAGAUGGACAACGUACUGACUAAACUAGUUUCUGGGAAGCUCAGCACCUACGCUGCAAUCAUUCUGAUGUUUACCUACAGUCUUUUGCUGGACAGGGAUUUUGCGUGUGCCUGCCAACCAGAAGACUUUCACUGUAGGUUAUACAUAGCUCUGCCCAUUUUUACAAUAUUUCUCUUGAUACUCUGGACAGACAGGCCAUUUCAGAGAGUCUGUAGAUACCUGAUUUCAGGUGCGUUAGGAUGCUGUGGCCGGCCUCACACAUGCAGUUUUUUGGGUUCUUUCUUUCGUAAGAUUCUUAAGGCGUUUUUAGUCAGUCUGCUUUGGGUUGCUUUUGUGUACAUCGAUGGAGACUGGUAUGUUUGCUGCCAGAAUAAUGGCUCUGAAGAACAGGCACAGUUAGCCUGCAAAGUCAAGGAGAAGAAUCUCACUCACGUGGACCUAGUCCUCAUCGCUGGACUGAAAAACGAGUCCAGGGUAAUUGGUGGAUUUUUACUUUUUAGUAUCGUUUUGGUGGCAUCCCUUAUACCACUGUGUGGAAGGACUCCAUGCUGUGGAAACUCAGGCUGUUGCAACAGAAAGGUUCUGCAUGAAGAACUGUUUUUGGAGGAGAAGCAAAACGCUCUGAGAGAGAUUGUGAAGGAUUUAGCAAAAGAAGAUAUGAUUAAAGUCAAAGACAAAAUACACCGUGGACAAUGGGAUGAUGUUGCUGAAGAACUGAUGAAAACAUCUGCUGGGGAGCAAGGGGGAGGAGCAACGGAGAGCCAGCAACAGCAGGAGCAACAGCCAGGACAAGAGCCAGGGAAACAAAAGGAGCAACAGCCAAAGCAACAGCGAGAGUAGCAGCAGCAGGAGACACAGCCUGAGGAAGAGCAGUGACCCUGUGAGGAGGAUCCCCUGUUGGUCUAGACUCCAGGUUCAUCAGACGAGCAGUGAAGAUGGUCUACGAUGGUUUAAUUUAUAUUUACAAUUUACACAACAUGGUGUUAGCAAAUUUUUAUUUAUUUGCUUUUGUUAUUUGCACUGUCUGUUUAAAAGAAAUGUUUCUAUUCUGAUUUAUAUUUUCUGUAUUAGACAAGCUUUCAGUUCCCAGAACUCUGCACAACUUCAUCAGGUGUUAUGAUUAAAGGUUUUAGUUUCAUGUCAUUAUAAUGCAAAUGUCAUUCAAAGGAUAUCAUCAACAUUAAAACUCUAAAAACUAAAUAAUAACUAUGAGCUGGAGCUCAUUUUGAACCAUGUUGUGUCAGACUGCAGCUAAUAAUUGAGGAUUAAUUUUCUCCAUUAAGUGAUUGAUUUGUAAAUAUUCUCACAGAGCCCAAAGUGACUCCUUCACAAUGUUAAUCAAUUAAUCAGUUAAACGUUUCAGCUGUACUUGUAUAAACUGUUGGGAAUAAACUCUUGACAUGUUUUGUGUGUAAAAGUCUUCAUUUUAAACUAAAGCUGUCUGAUAAAUAUGUGAAUUAAAGUACAAGUACGUCAACUUUGUACUAAGUAGGCACACUUAAAUACCUGAGGCCUGUAUUUUAAGAAUAAAACACGUUUUAUCUGCAUCUACAUCUAAAUACACACAGUGACAAACAAUCAUGUUGCAGAAUACCUAAAUAUAAAUCUUUGAAUUGUGAAGAGCUGUAACAGAAUCAGGCUCCUGUGUCCCGAUCCUGUCUGCCAUGUCAUUUUUUGUACUUUUAGUCAGUUUUAUUAUCUGUUGUUUUGGUCUGUUGGG